GCAGUUUACUGCAAAUAUGGCGACAUGAUCGGAAUGAUUUUGUUGUUGACCAGACCACAACAAUUAAUUCAGCAAACGAACAAUAUAUUCGUUUAAACAGCUUACAUAUUUUCGUUUUAAGGAACCUGUUGUUUUCGUGCAGACCCAGUCACCUUUAAUGGCAGGCGUCAUGGAAUCAGAGGAGCAGGCAAGGAACCGCUUUCAAUCAGAGCUGGAGUUCAUCCAAUGCUUGGCCAAUCCGAAUUAUCUGAACUUUCUGGCUCAGAGGGGUUACCUGCGAGAAAAACCCUUUGUGAACUACCUGAAGUACCUACUGUACUGGAAGGAGCCUGAAUAUGCCAAAUUCCUGAAAUACCCCCACUGCCUGCACAUGCUGGAGCUUCUUCAGUACGAGCACUUCAGGAAGGAGCUUGUGAAUGCGCAAUGUGCCAAGUUCAUUGACGAGCAGCAAUUACUGCACUGGCAGCACUAUUCCCGGAAACGCACCCGUCUGCAGCAGGCUCUGGCAGAGCAACAGCAGCAGCAACAGCUGCCUCAUGGCAAUGCUACUGCUAAAUGAGAGAGAGAGAGAGCGAGAGAGAGAGAAUCUGUGGCAUGAAAAAACAGGAUGAUUGAACUUGAAUGGACAUGGACUUAAAUGUCAAUUCAGCCUCCUGGAUAUGUAUGUGUGAUAUGGAUCAUGGGGAUGUCUCUUUUUGCUCUUAUUUAUGUUUCUGACUUUGUAUAAUAAAAACUACUUUUGGUUAAAAUGC